UUGAUUUUUUUUAUCAAAUCAAUAAUCAACAUUUCCUCAUAUUGGAAAAGUGAAAUUUGUGUUCAUCUUUUUCAUCAUUUCUGUGUGUGUGUGUGUUUUAUGUUAUGACAAAUUAUUCGUUGGUCUAUUUUGUUAUGUUAUAAACACACGAAUAUGAAUGUGCCGGAAAUUUUGUGAUUAUUUUUAACCACAAAACAACACGAAGAUAAUACAAAAAACUCAACACGAAUUUGUAAAUGAACAACAUAAACAACAAAAACAAAACAUAAAGAAAUGGUGGAAAUCUCAUCAACACUACCAGUUUCAUAAUUGUCGUCAAACAAUCGGGUAAUUCACACACACAUACAUCGAACCCGGUUAAUAGUCAUCUUUUUCUUUCUUGUCUGCUUGCGUGCAUCUUGGACAACGCGCGCACACACACAGGAAAAAUUCUAAAUUAAUUUUCCAUAAUUCCAAUUCACAUCACGACCGUAUGACGAGAGAAAAAAGAAAUUAAAACAAUUUCAUAUCAAAAUAUCUUUAAUUAUCUUUCAUAAACAUCAAUAGUGUUGACCAUUUUCAAUGGUGGUGGUCGAAUAAUUCCAGAAUAUCGGUCACAACAUCACCAUUCGGUAGAAAAAAAAUAAUCGUGAUCAACAACACCUCGAAAGCAACCAUCAACAAUUACAAACACACACACAAACAAAAGGAUCAUCAUAUAGCCAUAUUUACAAAAUGGCAGCCAACAUUAUCAUCAAAUCAUCAACCAUAAUGCAUAGAAAAAAUAAAAAUAACAACGAUAAUGGAAAAAUGUCGACGAUAACAUCGGUUGUUAUCAUGAUCACAUUAUUGGCAAAUUUAACAACGUUCUGCCAUACAAUGAUGUAUCAGACGAAUUCAUCGCCAGCACCACGAAUGAGAAUACCAUUAAAAGUACCAGUGAUAAAAGGACGUGUACCAUAUCUAACAUUAACAUCGACAAAAGGUCAACAGAUUUAUUCGUCAUUAUCAUCAUCAACGGCGACAAAUGAUGCAAAAUCAUCGUCACCACAACCUUCUCAAUUAUCAUCAUCAUCACCAACAACUACUUCAACGACAUCAUAUCAGACAUAUACGGAACGGCCAAUAUUGAACAACAACAUUGUUUCAUCACCGCAGACUAAUAAGUUGAAUUUACAUCAUCAUUCCAAUACGCAGGAAAAAAACAACAAUAAACAAAUUAUUCAUAAACAUAUUAAUAAUAAUAAUGGUGGUGCAAUACAACAACAGCCACAAGCACAGGAAUCUGGAUCAAGCAAAUCCAUUAUAUCUACGGCAACAACAGUCGUUAGUUCGCCGCCAAUGAUGAUAAACAAUAAAAAUAUUGUUGUUGCAAGCCACCAUCAACAUCAACAACAACAACAACAAUCAUCAUCAUCACCGGCACCGAUCAUCAAAAAGAAAAUGAAUCGUUUUCCACUAAACGAAUUGGUCAAUGUAAUUGCACAGGCAGCAAUCAAUGGUGAUAUUCCAUUCAAUAAGGUUGAUCUGAAUAAACCAUUCAAAAUGCAACAGCUACAGAUACCGAUACUAUUAUUACGACCUGAAGAUAUUUAUAAAGCAUCCAGUAGCAAUAAUAUCAAUUUUAAACUUAUCACAGCACAACCAAUACGUAUACCGAUUUAUGAAGAACCAAUCAAUAAUAAUAAUAAUCAAAGACGACCAAGCAUACACAAUCGUCAACGACAACGGGAUUAUAAUCAAUUUAAUCACAAUAUUAAUCGCCCCAUGAUGAAUGUUGGACGACAAAUGAAUUUUAAUCGGCCACCACUACCACCGCCACAAUUACCACAACAGCAACAACAACCAUUUAUACCAUCAUCACCACCACCAUCCCGUUAUAUGGCUUAUCCUAUACAACAAGCUCCACCACAACAGCCAUUUAGGAAUAGUGGUGGGGGUGGUCCACCACAAGUUGCACCGAAUUUUGAUCCAAAUUAUUCAAACUAUAGGGGCAAUGAUGAUAGUUUUCAUAUUAAUGAUGGUGGUGGUCGCAAU